UCGUCAGCCAUAUUGACUGUGUGUACCUCUUCUCCGGCCGCGGAGUGAGUGGAGUGGAGGAGUCUGGCGGAGGAGGAGGCUCUGUCACGGCGUUCUGUCUCACCGUCGCGUACACGCACCGUGUCCCGUAAACAGCGCAGAGGACAGGACAGGACAGGACAAGGACCGGAAGGUGAACCGCUCUAUUUUUACCCUCUGUGGAUAUAUAUACAUAUAUAAAGUAGCCUUGCCGGCUGGAGGGGGUGACAGUUGGAGACAUCCUCAGCUCAGCCCGGCGGCAGAGGUGCUGGUGCCCCGUUAAGGAGGCAGGAAGACGGAAGACGACUUUUUUCAGUUUUCUCAUCACCAGGGGACGGGUGGAGAGAGAAGAAAGAUGCCCAAACCGAUCAAUGUACGCGUCACCACCAUGGACGCUGAGCUGGAGUUUGCCAUCCAGCCGAAUACAACUGGCAAACAGCUCUUUGACCAGGUGGUGAAGACGGUGGGUCUGAGGGAGGUCUGGUUCUUCGGGCUUCAGUACACGGACAGCAAAGGCUACAUCACAUGGCUAAAACUCAACAAGAAGGUGACCCAGCAGGAUGUGAAGAAGGAAAACCCUCUGCAGUUCAAGUUCAGGGCAAAGUUCUUCCCAGAGGAUGUUUCAGAGGAGCUCAUCCAGGAGAUCACACAGAAGCUCUUCUUUCUGCAGGUGAAAGAGGCCAUACUGAAUGAUGAGAACUACUGUCCCCCAGAGACAGCCGUAUUGCUGGCCUCCUACGCUGUACAGGCCAAGUACGGUGACUACAACAAAGACAUUCACAAGCCUGGAUACCUGGCCUCUGACCGACUACUGCCUCAGAGAGUUUUGGAGCAACACAAGCUGACAAAAGAACAGUGGGAGGACAGAAUACAAAAAUGGCACGUGGAACACAGAAGCAUGCUCAGGGAGGAUGCAAUGAUGGAGUAUCUGAAGAUCGCUCAGGACCUGGAGAUGUACGGCGUCAACUACUUUGAAAUCAAAAAUAAGAAGGGAACAGAGUUGUGGCUUGGGGUUGAUGCUCUGGGACUCAACAUAUAUGAGCAUGAGGACAAGUUGUCACCAAAGAUCGGCUUCCCAUGGAGUGAAAUCAGAAACAUUUCCUUCAAUGACAAGAAGUUUGUCAUCAAGCCCAUUGACAAAAAAGCCCCUGACUUCAUAUUCUAUGCCCCUCGGUUGCGAAUCAACAAGCGGAUCCUGGCGUUGUGUAUGGGAAACCACGAACUGUACAUGAGGAGGAGGAAGCCCGACACUAUUGAGGUGCAGCAGAUGAAGGCGCAAGCCAGGGAAGAGAAACACCACAAACAGAUGGAGAGAGCGCAACUGGAGAAUGAGAAGAAGAAGCGUGAGAUUGCAGAAAAGGAGAAGGAGCGGAUAGAGCGGGAGAAGGACGAGCUGAUCGAGAGGCUGAGGCAGAUCGAGGAGCAGACGCAGAAAGCUCAGAAAGAGCUGGAGGAGCAGACUCGCAGAGCGCUGGAGUUGGAGCAGGAGAGGAAGCGGGCCAAGGAGGAGGCAGAGCGACUGGACAAGGAGAGGCAGACGGCGGAGGAGGCCAAGGCAGCGCUGGCACAGCAGGCAGCCGACCAGAUGAAGAACCAGGAACAACUGGCUGCAGAGUUAGCAGAAUUCACCGCCAAAAUCGCUCUUCUUGAGGAGGCCAAGAGGAAAAAAGAAGAGGAAGCAACAGAAUGGCAACACAAAGCUCUGUCAGCACAAGAGGACCUAGAAAAGACCAGAGAGGAGCUGAAGACGGCCAUAUCUCCUCCGGCGCCUGAACAUGACGAGCACGACGAGACAAACGAAGCGAGCGCUGAGCUGCUCAGCGACGGCGUCUCCAGCCAUCGCAGUGAAGAAGAGCGCAUCACAGAGGCACAGAAGAACGACCGAGUCAAGCAACAGCUACAGGCUCUGAGUUCAGAGUUGGCCCAGGCCCGGGACGACACCAAGAAAACACAGAACGACAUGCUGCACGCCGAGAACGUCAGAGCAGGCAGAGACAAGUACAAAACCCUGCGCCAGAUCCGCCAGGGCAACACCAAGCAGCGCAUCGAUGAGUUCGAGUCCAUGUGAGGCUCCGGGAGGAAAGGUGGAAAACAAUGAUGAAGAGACGGUUUGUCUCGUUGCCAUGCCAGCGCCUCCCUUUCCUCGUAAAGCCCAAAACCUGCUGCUGCUCCAGGAACUCCUGCUUUUUUCGACCCAGGAGGAAAACAGGCCAACGGGCUUCGUAGCUUCUCGCCAAAGCUCUGCCUGGCAGCGUUUGGCCAAUCACACUGCUACCUGCUUUUUAGAGCUCUGCCAUCACCCCAACAAAGCACACAUAUUUAAAGUCUUGAAAACAGCAAGCAGCAUAUCCAGUCAAACUGUGCAGACAAUUUAAAUCUUUGCAUGUAUGGUUAUUAAACAAAGGGACAGUUUGACAGAGUGAGGAGACUGGACUGAAUUGGUUUACUUAACAAAAGAAAUGGCCAUUUGUAGCUUGUUAUUGUUGCUAGCACACUUGUGUGUAAAGCUUUAAUAUAUGUACCUUCCUUUUACUUCUUUUGUCAUUGAAUUUAAAUAAUUUUGGUUUUAAAAGAAACGCCUUAUUUGUCUUCAUUCCUGUCUAGAAUUAGCUGUUAUUAUUUUGUGUUGGAAACUUAGUCUGUGGUCAUUGUUCUGUUCUUCAGCUAAUUUAUCUUCAAUGUGUUUGCAUGUGUUCACUGACAGUCAAGAGCUGAAACAUGCAAACUUUUUCUGCUCAGUAUAUGUUCUUUCUGUGCUGGCAUCCAUGGAGACAUUUGUUCAGAUAUAUAUUUUGCCUCACAAUAAAGAAUCGGUUUAUAUUUCGAACUAUGCAGUAUUAUCUUCAGAGUAUUGACUGACGUAAGAGCGCAAAUUAUUGUAAUAUUAGACACAUUCAUACUCAAAUUUGUAGUUUUCAAUAAAAAAAAACUAACAAGAUCCAAAUAUUGGUAAUAAAACGCCAUCACAAUGUCUUUCACACUAACACUGGUACUGAAGCAAAAAGAAACUUCACUGAUUGAAAACCCUAAUUUUGCAACGGUCGAACAAUUUUGUGUUUCAUGAAAAUAUUAAAACAAUAUUUGUUCUGGAAAAUAAACUGUUUUGUUUAAACCUGCAA